AUGAGUCGGCCAUCUGCGAAACUCUGCGCCGAGUCCCUUCCCUCGGCGCUGAGGAGCCGGGCCCCAGGGUUGUCGGCGAGGAGAGCCGGACGUGCACGGGUCCUGAACGAAGAAUGUAGGCGGAGUGUACAUAGCAGCAAUGGCGCAGCUUGUCGUCAGGCGGCGGAGGCGCAAAGUGUUUGGUUGAAUGCCAGGAACGCGCAGCCGAGGACCGGAGUGUAUAUGCGGCGCUUCGCUACGGCGGCUGUUCAGCCUCAGACUGAGAGUAUUGCGGAACAGACGGAGGAUGCGAGGGCUGGGUUGUCUGGUGGGCCGUUGCAGGAGUAUGAGGGGCGAGUGCAGCAGGGGCGGUUGCGGGAUGAUCCGUAUCAGAGGGUGAUCGUCCAAAAGCUGCAGGACCUACACGACGUGUUGAAAGGUUAUACUCCUCCGACCGUUGUGCACCCGAGCGUUGAGUCGCUGGAUCCGAAACCCAAGUCAUCGUUCUUCGGCUCGCUGUUUGGGCGCAAGAGCGCAAAGGCAGAGACUAAGAUCCCAGAGAAUCUACCCAAGGGAUUGUAUAUGUAUGGUGAUGUGGGGUGCGGGAAGACGAUGCUCAUGGAUCUGUUUUACGAGACCCUGCCGGCUAACAUCAAGUCCAAAUCGCGCAUCCAUUUCCACAACUUUAUGCAGGACGUACAUAAGCGCAUGCACGUGGUGAAGAUGCAGUACGGUAAUGAUUUUGACGCUCUGCCUUUGGUCGCGGCGGAUAUCGCGGAGUUGUCCAGCGUGUUGUGUUUCGACGAGUUUCAGUGUACAGACGUUGCUGAUGCGAUGAUUUUGCGGCGCCUACUUGAAUCUCUCAUGUCUCACGGUGUCGUGCUCGUAACAACCUCGAACCGUCAUCCCGAUGAUCUGUACAAGAACGGUAUCCAACGAGAAUCCUUCAUUCCGUGUAUCAAUCUUCUCAAGACUGCUUUGACCGUGAUCAACUUGAAUUCGCCGACCGAUUACCGCAAAAUCCCUCGUCCACCAGCGGCCGUGUACCACCACCCGCUCGGUCCUGAAGCUGAUCGCCACGCGCUGAAGUGGUACGAAUUCCUGGGCGAUCCCAAUGACCCUCCUCAUCCAGAGACGCAAGAGGUUUGGGGCCGCAAGAUCAAGGUUCCGUCGGCCAGUGGAAAGGCGGCCCGUUUCACUUUCCAGGAGCUCAUCGGGAGCGCAACGGGAGCGGCGGACUACCUGGAGCUGGUGCGGAACUAUGAAGCUUUCAUCGUGACAGACGUUCCGGGGAUGACAUUGCAGCAACGCGAUCUGGCUCGUCGGUUCAUCACUUUCAUUGAUGCUGUCUACGAGAGCAGGGCAAAAUUAGUCCUCACCACAGCCGUCCCACUCACCAACCUCUUCAUGUCCGAGCAAGAAGUCAAAUCCUCCCUAGAAGAAAACGGGGACCACUCCGAUCUCUCCGACGCCAUGCGCAUGAUGAUGGACGAUCUAGGACUGUCAGUGCAAGCGCUAAAAUCGACCUCCAUCUUCAGCGGUGACGAGGAACGAUUCGCGUUCGCUCGUGCCCUUUCGCGGUUAUCCGAGAUGGGCAGUAAGGACUGGGUUGAGCGCGGCUUGGGAGUAGGCAAGACCGUCCAGGAAGGGAAGAGCGAGCACGAUGCGUGGAUGAAGGCGAGGAGCCGCUGGAGCGAGGACAACAUGUAG